AUGGCCGACUCAAACGCUCCGAAGCCGAGUAGUAGUGUCAAGCUGGUGCUGCUUGGUGAGGCCGCCGUAGGAAAGUCUUCACUUGUCCUGCGAUUUGUCAACAAUGAUUUCCAAGAGAACAAAGAGCCUACUAUUGGUGCCGCCUUCUUAACGCAAAAAUGUAACCUACCUACGAGAACGAUCAAGUUCGAGAUUUGGGAUACAGCAGGCCAGGAGCGCUUUGCUUCGUUGGCGCCUAUGUACUACCGAAACGCUCAAGCUGCGCUCGUCGUCUACGAUCUCACGAAGCCAACGUCACUCAUCAAAGCCAAGCACUGGGUAGCGGAACUUCAAAGACAAGCAUCGCCAGGGAUCGUCAUCGCUCUUGUCGGUAACAAGCUGGACCUUACUAAUGACAGCGAAGUAGCUGAUGGGGAAGAAUCCGGGGACGCCCGAAAGAUUUCCACGGAGGAAGCAAAGACGUAUGCUGAAGAGGAGAGCCUGUUAUUCUUCGAAACAAGUGCGAAGACAGGUCACAAUGUUUCCGAAGUCUUCACUGCGAUUGCGAACGCCAUCCCCGAAACGUCAUUCAAGAGCACGAGAGGUCCGGGAGCUUCUAGCGCGGCCAACAGAGGUGGUGAGGAGCAGAGGGUAAACUUGAAUGGACCUCGAGAAGCAGCAAAGGAAGGGUGUGCAUGCUGA